AUGAAUCUCUUUUACAGGCGGGGAUUUUCCAUGGGCGCUGAAAAAUCGGUCACAAUAGCCGAACGUGAUCGCAAAAGGACAUCGACCUUCAAGAGUGUACGCAGCCUGAUAAGACUCGGACGUGGAAGGUCUCGUGACUGCAGCGGAGAUGAGGAACAAGGCUUACUUGACAUGCCGGGUCCCUCUACUGAACCAGAUCGCCCCAUUAGCCAGACAUCUGCUUCCUCCGAUGAACUGUUGGUGGACACCAGGUCGCCAACAGAAACACCAAAGAUAAAACGAAUGCGUACCGUAUUGGACACUACGGGAGUAUCCGCUUUGAAAGCUGCAGACUUCCAAGUUUGCGUAACAGUAAUAGAGGCAAGACAGCUCGCUGGCCUCAACAUGGAUCCAGUGGUCUGCGUCCAAGUUGGAGACGUGCGCAAAUACACCAGCGUCAAGGAGAGCACCAAUUGCCCAUACUACAAUGAGGACACAAAAUCAGAUUAUCGAUUUCACGUAGCUAUCCUAAAAAUAGAUUUUAUAUUAUGA